AUGGCAAUCGACACUGUGACCGAUCAAUCCCAACAGAACCGUGGCAAAGUCAUCAUUGGUGAUGCCCCAGCUGAUGACCGUGUCGUCCUCUACAUCAUUAAAGCGGACGAGACCUCCUACAUUAACUACAUCAAGCCCCUUAUCCUAGCCAAAGAGCUCCAGAUCCCGCACGUUCUCUCGCUCAUCGACACCACUUCCCAAUGGGCCUACAAAAUCCAUCCGGAGCGGAUGGUCCCCGCGCUCAAAGACCAGGACCCCGAAACAGGCGAACAGAUCAAUGUCUUCGAGGGAACCGCUUGUCUUCAGUACUUGGCCGAUCGAUAUGAUGCCGAGGGAGAAUGGAAAGGGCGCACCGCCGCUGAGAGAGCCGCCGUCUUCACCUGGGUGGCAUACCAGACCGCGGGAAUCGGUCCCACUGCCAAAUACUGGCUCUACUUUCUGCGUGGUUACCCGACUCGCAAGGACCCGGUCCAGCUGCCCAAGACCAUUGCGAAACUGCACGAAAACACUCUGAAGCAAUGGGACAUUUUGAAUAAGCGCCUUGCGAAGGAGGGACAGAACUACAUUGCCCUCCCGGAUCGGCCGACCCUAGCGGAUCUGUCCUACUUUCCCUUCGCCAUGCCGUGGAUGUUUACGUUCCUCGGUGUGGAUAUCAAGGACUGGCCGCAUAUUCAGGCGUGGGCGGAGCGGAUGUUGGCCCGCCCGGCUAUCCAGGAGAUCAUGGCCAGAGCAAAGACAUUUGGACAUGAUAUGACGCAGGAGCAGGCGGCGAUGCUGAAGUCUGCGGAAUAGACGAGCUAUGAGCAGAGUGAUUGAAAUCGUGCCACUCAGUGGAAUCGGGAGCCGGUCAGUGAACGGGGACCGAUCAAUGUACGUAUCUAGCAUAUAAGUGCAACCAUAAUGG